AUGUCUAACAACGGGUAUUCGGUUCUGCAGGGUCUUUCCAGCAAUGCAGCUGCGCGGACAAUCCAAGUCACCGUCGUACCGAAACCGACUAGAUUCGCCGAGAGACGCGCUGUCCUGCACUCACUGCAAAGGUUCGCCAACGUUGAGGUUUUCAAGAAGCUAGAAAAUCACGACUCGUCCUUCAUAUCCGUUCUCAGCGACAAAUCAAAAGUCAAGGAGCUCGCCAAGAUGAGUCCGCUCAAGUACCAACUCGCGACGCCCCGCUCCAACGGUUCCGUCAAGUCUUUUCUGACCGGCUCGGCCGUGACCGGUCCCUUUUCCAACCUCAAUCAUCACGAAGAAAGUGAGAACGGCGCUCCAGGAACGAACGACAAGAAAGAAUUCACCGUGCACAUAUUCCCGGCCCCGACAUACAUACACUCCGCGGCCAUCAAGGCCCACCCUCUGCAUGGCCCCUGGCCAAGUUCGCGCCGAGAAACAACAAUGUCUACGCAACUGAGAGCAUCGUUGCCAAAGGAUGUUACGGCCGACGGCUUAUCGGACUGGGAGAAUGGUGGACAGUCAAAAUCGUCGGCCAGAGGCCAGCUGUGGGAAGACAUUCUCCUCGGCUCGAAGUCAAUUGAUGUCAAGAAACGCGCCAUCAUUGAUCGUAUCAAGCGAAGAGAGGAAAAGGAGAAGGCGCCUGCCAUCAUGGAAGGCUUGCUUCAUCUCAAAGAAAGUCAACCCUGA